AUGUCGACCCGACGUCCUCAGUUCAACGAGCAGGUCCACUACGACACCACGCCCCUCCCGGCCUCAAUUCCCAAGGUCCAGGAGGUCGGUGCGAGCUCUGCGCCCCUUCUCUCCGCGUCUUUCUUCAUCGGCGCCCGGUGCCGCAACUACAAUGACGACUACAUGCAGUGCAAGACCGACUCGGCGGGCCGCGGCGAGUUCGACUGCAUGAAGGAGGGCCGCAGGGUGACGAGGUGUGCUCAGAGCGUCCUCCAGGACAUCAACACCCACUGCCUCGAGUCCUUCCGCGCCCACUGGAACUGCCUCGAGAACCGCAACCAUCAGCUGUAUCAGUGCCGCCCGCAGGAGUGGAAGCUGAACAAGUGUGUCUUUGAGAACCUCAAGCUCGAGAAGAACAUCCCCAACCAGCGACCAGGUGUCACGCCCGUCGAGCUGAGACAACACAUGAUCUACGCCGACGGUGCCAUCAACCCUCUCGAGGGCAAGCCGUUCAUCCCCCCCUCGAAGGCCGAGGGCGCGAAGCAGGCGUAA